UCGAGCUAUAUCCACACAGUUUUGCACUUGAUAUAUGAUGAUGCAUGUCCAAAUAGCACUAUUUGCGGCUGUGAGCGCACUGUUGUAUUUUACUGUAUUUUCUCAAACCUCGUCUUUGUCUUGCAAUGGUCCGGAUCCUUGUAAGAACGCCAAUUUGCUUUGUCCAGGAAUUGUGAUAAUUUGCAGAGGACCAAAUCAGGAAAUAAGACCUACUGGACCAUGUAAUUGUUGUCGUGAUUGCUUCAAUAUAUCCCAAGUUGGUGGACCUUGCGGACCUUCAGAACCUAGAUUUAAAUGUGCAAAAGGAUUAAAAUGUUCCGACGACGUUUGUAAAAAUCCUUAAAGAGAAAAAUAAACAGCUGAAACGUUGCCACGACAAAAUAAUAUUAUGUAACAAAUCUAAGGCAAAUUUAUAAAGAAACAAAGUCAA